AGUCAAAGUUGGGACAUAGGGCAGUCAGGGUAGUGAGCACAUUACUCAUCUGCCGCGGUCUACUAGGUCUCCUCACUUACCGAUUCAUUGUACAAGAAAAGAAGAACAUCCUAGAGCAGGUAAUACACACGACUCCUUUACUUACCAGUAUCAAGCAAAAGCGCGUUCGAGCACUGCCACUUUCAGAGUCCGGAGUUUCGGUCAUCUAACUUUAGAGGGAAGUGAGGCCCACCGGGACUUACGCCCUAUCAAUUGUCAUUUCUGUACUUCUUGCUACUAAAAACUACGAAUUUUUGUGUUCAGUACUGGGGAGCUCCGUACUGUCUCAGACCACGAGGAACGCACCGACCGAGAUUUACCGACGCCGAGGGACGAACUUUCUUCACCUCGGCGAUCAAAACGAUGUGGCACGGGGCGACGGCUAAGUACAUGGCUUCGGCCACGGUGGUGUACUUGUUACUUCUGCAGCCUGGAGGGGUGGAGGCGAGUCGUGGUCCUCGCGACCCCAGAUCGCCUUCUGGUCGGAAUUGGGCAUAUGCCAGUACAUCGGGCAAACACUCUGCUUUGAGUUAUAUGGCAUGAUAACUACCCAGUUAUACAAAUACAGAAGUAGCCGUACUGAGAAGUGUGAAAUUGGAAUCCGGAUGAAGAACAUCACCAUUGAUUCUCCGUGGUGGACCUCCGCUUCGGACAUUGAUGCACUACAUACAUAGAUAUACGAGGCAGCCCUUGUUCGUGUUUGCGCCGUCAUUCCCAUAGACGCGGUGUAACUCCGCCAGGCCACCAUGCAGGAACCGGGCACGCGUUCCUUACGAAUACGGCCCACUCGAACCCGACCCUACAAGGUGCUGGUGUUCAGGUCGUGGCACCGCAAGGCCAUACGGGCACCGGACAAGUAUACAAUCCUAGAAGUCAUUCUGUUUUGAUUAGCCCUUCACAAGUUUCUCAUUUCCUUUCUUCGUGCCUAUGUUAAUUCUCAAUGAGCUCGGCUCGAUGAGGGAAGAAGAACAAAGUGCUCACUGCAAGUGUUUGAUGGCGGUUUAUGUGAGUGGUGGGGGCCGCCGGGUUACAAAGGGCGGUGCCCAGACCAUAGUUCGUCCGCAGGUUCUAGAUGCGAGCAUUUCUGGCCGGGGCUUGGAGGUCACCGGCAUGUGGAUACGUAGGGUCGUCGUCGAGGUUCCUUGAGGACGCCUGCGGUAUUGCGCAUCAGCGCAGCGUUCUACAAAUUUUCCGAGAUGUUAAAUCGGUGCUGCCUGAAGCUCAGAGUCAGCGAUUGCUACUUGAGGCACCAGCAUGCCUAUUACGUUUCUUUCCUUCGCUCGUAUCAGAUUCCACCGCCGACGAGUGUUGCUUAUGGCGAUGAAAAUGGUGCUGAGUAGCUGGUCGCAUUUGAGGACUGUCAUUCCACGAAACGGCGUGGUCGCGGAAUAAACUACACAAGAAGUGCUGCACGUAAGCUAGUGUUGUCGGGAAUCGGAUGGCGCUUUUGCAUAGCCGGCACAUGCUUCGAGAAUUUUCAUUCUAAGUGCGAAACUCAUUCUGCUAAGCAUGACAACAGAUCAUUUGCAGUUGCUUCAGGGACCAUUUUCAAUUAGAUAGCGGUAUUCCUUACACCCCGACCUUCUGGAGCUUCAACAUGUUGUUCGGCACAAGAUUAGAAGUUCACCCAGGGCCUUGGUACACACAUUUUGUCGCGAACAGGCCAACCUCUGUGCCUGGCGGAAUACUAAAAACUCAAAACUCUAACACGGGUCAGGGCGACGAGCUGAUGGGUGGAUAUGGGUAUGAAUAUGACCGUGUCACUGGUGCUGGUCAAAUAGUCGCCACGCCUGCGCUUGGAGGACAGGGACGGCCUGCGGCUGGAGGCGUGUCAUCUCGCGAGACAGGAGCACGAAGAUAUCACACAGAAAAGCGCUAGCCUGAUGAUGUAUUUCUCAUGCCGCUGGCGGUGCAAAUGUCGAUGUCUCCGUUAUGGAUACGAUCAAUUACAAUUUCCUGUAUUGUAGGGUCUUGUAUGAAGCCUAUAUUGAUUUAUCAAUCUGAUUCGUUGCUCGAAAGAGAAAGAGUGGAGCAGACCAUUCCGACGCACAAACAUGUACGUUGAGGGUAUGUUCGCUCCUAUCUCAAGCAAGCUAACACUGCUUCUGCAUUUGCCCGAACUCUGCCUCUGCAGCGCAGCCUACGCAGCACGUGCUGUAGCAUUUUUCUGGACGAUACGCUGGACCACAGCGCGCCCAUGGAUGUUGACCCGGAGGAGCUGCGCUUCCUGCACCUGCGCCAAACCUACCCCGACGAGUACCAAGCGUAUCUGGAGGAAGCACGGCAAGAACUGCAGGAAGCGAAUGGACUCGGUCAGCCAGUCAAUAGGGUCGAGGUAGAACGACUUGCCCUGGGGAAACUGGAGCUAGUCGUGGAUGAGAUGGUCGCUCGGCAGCAGAAUCGCGGCGCUUCGAAUUCGGGCCGAGGUCGAGGCGGAUCAUCUCAUUCUAGUCCAUAUACCAGGAACUACGAAACACGCGAAUGUGGAGGGGGCGGAAACUGUUGGUAUAUUUUUAAGCAGCUGAAGAAGUAGUGUGGCAUUUCUUGUUGAAUUUCGUCGGAAAAAUUCAAGUUCCGGUGGUGGUCAGUUGACACACAGACCAUCUGCUACUUACAAGAAGGAACGCAAAGAGUAUGCCAAACAGUUACUCGCUCUCCUAAAGAAGCCAGAACCCGACUGAAUUUCGUCGGCAGUGUCGCUUCAUACCUUCUUCAGAUGCGUUCUUGAAGUGCAGUCGAUCUCACUCGUAAAUAAGGUUGAUGAAAAUUAGUGAAUUUGUCACUAUUUACUACUGAUUUAUUAUAGCUGUAAUUCUUCGUUUUGCGAACGACUACCACUCAAACUCCCUCUCGUGUCUACGUAUGAGGAAGGAGCAGUGUGCGGGCUUUUGUGCUAGGCUGUACUAGACAUCUGCGCACCCAUUUUGCAGAAUGACCGUCAAGGAGGUCUAACAACAUCGCGUGUAUCACAGGUUUCAUUCCGCUGCGCACCAGCUGGCGAUCCGCGCACGAAUCAAUAACCACGAGACCGGACGCCCGUACACGGGGGAGCAGUUGCGGCAACACGUCGCUGACUGGUUGCUGUGGAAACCGCGAGGCUCCGAGACCAACCUUGAACGCCACGACAUGCUUAUGAAUGUGUUUGAAGGCUGGGUGACCACGCAAUUGCAAGAGCCCAUGAAGGCCCAGUACUACAUAUUUUGUCUGUUGACAAGAAGCUCAUACAUACGUAAUGAUAGAAUUUUUUUUUCAAUGCCAGUCUUCUUACAAUCUAUCAAGCAAAUCGUAAAAUGUGUUGGCACCGUACUGAAAAUGUGAAUGAUAGAUGGCACCACUAGUUUCUUUUUCUUUCUGUUUUCAUCUGGCCCUUCAUGAUCGUUUGAAAUUUGAAAUCAGGAUGAAGGAGGCGUGGGACCAGCACAUGCGGCAGCGGGGGAACAAGUGGGAGGACCAGGUGCGCCAGUGGACCGUCCCGAAUAUGCGGGACAAGCUUGGCAAUCCCAAGGUACUGAAGUGGAGCUCGUACGAAAACUUCAAGAAGUUUUGGGGGUUGCGCACGGAAGAGGAGAUGCGGAGGCUCUGGGAGCAACAACAAAUCGAAGAACCGUCUGUGUUCGCCAGCGCCAGCGCGUUCGCUCCGCAGUUUUACAAGCCGGAGCAAAGGGUGUAUGAACAGGGAGAUGCGGUUGCGAACAAGAUUCCCACCGAUCACGCUCAGGCCUCGUUCGAAGUCGGGGAUGAACUUCCGCACCUGAUAAAGCUGCCACUUCCGAGUGACUUGCAGAUCGUCGACACCCCGGGCAGCCGUGGCAGUUCUGACGGCCACGAAAGUUGUUCGAGCAAUGAUGAUGACGCAGGAAACUCGUGUACUUAUCUCUUCUUGGGAGCAGUUUACUUUGCUCCAUUUAAUAGUAGCGAUGUUUUUCCGGUCUGCUCAUCUAUUGCGUUCGCUUCACUAAUAUUUACUAGGAUCUCAAUCAAAAUCAAUGAAUGUCUUCUGCUGAAGCACUUAAGCAGGUGCGUGAAGAAACCACUGCCUUCGUAAUUGGAUUCUUGACAGAAACACUUAAUAGUCAAGGCCAUGUUGAGAACUUUCCAUCUCAAUAGGUUUUUGGCCUAGUUCGUCCACCUCCGACAAGAAACAAAGGAAGGGCAAGAAGAACGGUCAAGGCGGCACCAUGGGCGGGGGGCAGUCCUCGACGUACGAACAGCGCUACCACGACCGCUGCGGGGGCGGGCAGCGUGGCGGAGGCAUGUACCGACCGUCGUCGAUUGGGGGCGACUUUCCGCUUACCGCAACAGGAGCGUUGUGGCUUUACGCGACACGUGAUGGAAACGUCCCGCACAGCCAGCAGGACCAACUGUGGAAUCCGCAGUUUGCGCGUGAGGCCGUGUGUGCUAUGUUUCAGGUAAAUCAUAUGCAUCCAUAAGUAAAAUUUUUUGAAUGAUGUGGUCUGGCUCGGAGAAAAGUGCUGCGCGGAUGAACGAUCUUUUCAUCGUAUUGGAUCCGGAGUAGCUGUUCGCGGCAUGAUGUUCAUGCUCGUGCCAACUUUGUGAAUUCGGACUAGAAUAUCUCUUCAACGCCCCGUGCAGGUGCGGCUUUGGCAGAUUGUCGACCGAGCGGUGUCGCCGUUGGUGGAGCCGGAACAGGCCAUGGAUCAAAAGUGGUACCCGCCCUCCACGGUUGGUCGCAACCCCCUCCCGAAGUUUCACGAGGCUGCGCUCCCAGACGUGCAACGGAGAGGCUUCCCGAACCCGUCUGCCCGCCAGCCUGAGGGACCGCGAGGAGGCGAGCCCCCCACCAUUUAUGUGAAUAUCGCCGGGAUUCACGCAACCUCGAUACUGUCUGGACCGGACGUACCGCGGGCGAACGCAGACCAGGAGCCCCAGCAAGGGCGAGGCUGGAGCUUGUGGGGGCAGUAAGCUAUUAGAAGAAUCAUCCCGCAAGGCACUACCGACGCAAAGAAACGACGAAUGACGUGACUUUGUUCUGUCAGAACAAAGGGUUGGCGCGCGUGCUUUUUGGGGCCACGGCCGUCGGAGGUUUCGUAUUGAUCACAGUGCGCCUCAACGAAAAGUGAAAUGCUGUAGUGGUAUGAUGAAAAAAUGGAAGACAUACUGGCACGAUAUGACAAAUGUCGAGAACGCAGAAAGUCAGCGUUUGAAAUGAAAAACAGUCUACUCCCGCAACUCAAUAAAGAAGUGAGAGGUCCUGAAGUGGAAGACCUGUCAUGGUCCGUGGCGAUGCAUCGUUCGAGCAUGGUCAGGGUGGUUGCAGGAUGGAAGCUUUUGGAAUAACCCACCACUAGCAGGACAACUUUACUGCACCGAAUACAUCAGAGGGCGUGCACAUACUGCGCGAAGGUUCGUUGCAUCUCAGUGCGCCCGACAACUAGACUUCUAAACCGAGUGCAGUAAGUACCAAAUAAGGAACACGGACCGUCGCCGCGAUGCGCAGUUGUGUCAAGCGAAUACUAUUUGUGUGUCCUAUCCGCAAUUCGAGUAU